GACGCGUGGACAAAAGAAUCGACAGUGCUAUGCGGGACGUGGAAUGUGUCUCACCUAAGGUGACAUACGAAUUAUCUGUAUUCGGCUUUAUUAACAUUUCUUUCGGUUUCAAUUGAACAUCGACGUACUCGGGUUGGUUGCUCUCCUAGGGCGCGUAUUGCGUUGCACUAGUCACUUUUGCGUAUUACCUCGCGCUACCCCCCAUGGACCAGUGAAGUGUUGUGUGUGGUAUUAUACACAUAUGAAACAGUGAGAAAUUUAGAAUCGACGUUAACGACCAAAGAGAAGUGCAGUGAACGAUACCAAAUCGAUACCAAAAGAGACCACAGGAACGUACCUCGGUUUAGGGGUUACGAGAGGACGGCCAGUCGUCGUUUUUCCUCCCCCAUCCCCUCCGAUUCUCGAAAUGACGCAACGAGAGUGUCGUCGAUCGUGGUCCGUUUGAAAGUACAUCGUGUCCCCCCUUCUCUCCGUUUGUGUCGACGAGAACGGUACCCGCGGCGAAAGGUGGUGUGAAAAGUGACGAGCGAACCGAGAAAGAUCAAGACGGCCACCAGGAUGAUGAAGAAGGAGAAACCGAUGAUGUCGGUCACCGCCAUCAUCCAGGGGACCCAGGCCCAGCACUGGUCGCGCGGGAACGCCUGGUUGAGUCUGGACAACAGCAAUAUGUCCAUGUCCUCGGUGGGCCCACAGAGUCCCCUGGACAUGAAACCGGACACAGCGAGCCUGAUUAAUUCAGGAAACUUCAGCCCCUCCGGCCCAAACAGUCCAGGAUCCUUCAACACUGGUUGUCACAGCAACCUCCUGAGCACGUCGCCGAGUGGCCAGAACAAGUCUGUCAUACCGUACCCGCCAAACCACCCUCUGUCCGGAAGCAAGCACCUCUGCUCGAUCUGCGGUGACCGUGCCAGCGGCAAGCACUACGGUGUCUACAGCUGCGAGGGUUGCAAGGGUUUCUUCAAGAGGACCGUGCGCAAGGACCUGUCGUACGCGUGCCGGGAGGAGAAGUCCUGCAUCAUCGACAAGAGGCAACGGAAUCGGUGUCAGUACUGCAGAUACCAGAAAUGCCUGGCGAUGGGAAUGAAGAGGGAGGCGGUGCAGGAGGAGCGUCAACGCACCAAGGAGAAGGAUCAGAGCGAGGUAGAGAGCACGAGUAACUUGAACUCGGACAUGCCUAUCGAGCGUAUCCUGGAGGCUGAGAAACGAGUCGAAUGCAAGAUGGAGUCCCACGAAAAUUACGAGAAUGCAGUGUCGCGCAUUUGCGACAAUCAGCUGUUCCAGCUGGUAGCAUGGGCGAAGCACAUCCCAAAUUUUACGUCGUUGCCACUGGAGGAUCAGGUUCUGCUGCUACGGGCCGGAUGGAACGAGCUGCUGAUCGCCUCAUUCUCACACCGGUCCAUCGACGUGAAGGACGGUAUCGUGUUGGCGACUGGGAUCACUGUAUAUCGUAACUCGGCGCAGCAGGCUGGCGUGGGUACGAUAUUCGACCGUGUCCUCUCCGAGCUCGUGUCCAAAAUGCGUGAGAUGAGGAUGGACAGGACUGAACUUGGUUGCCUCAGGGCUAUCAUUCUUUUCAACCCCGAAGUCCGGGGAUUAAAAUCGGUACAGGACGUGACGAAGCUUCGCGAGAUGAUCUACGCCGCCCUGGAAGGAUACUGUCGCGGUACCUGGCCCGACGACGCCGGCAGAUUCGCGAAGCUAUUGCUACGCUUGCCAGCGAUUCGAUCGAUCGGGUUGAAGUGCCUGGAGCACUUGUUCUUCUUCAAGAUCCACGUGCCGAUCGACGAUUUCCUCGUGGAGAUGCUCGAGUCACAGUCAGAUCCUUAGGAGCAGACGGUGUGCCGCGUGUUGGGGCACACCGAUCUAUGAGGGAAACGACGAGAAAAGAAAAACAUAUACACCGAACGGAAAGAAAAUCAGAAAGGAAAAAAACAAAAUAUUACACCUGCAUUCGAGAUAUAUAUGUACACACCACGUUAACGAACCUCGCCGGGUACCGACGCCUCCACGCCAAGGUAUUCUAACGUCGAGCAGCCAGCUGAAAUUUACUUACACUCCCCCCUCUCCCUUCACCUUUUUAUUUAUGUCUUUGUUAACGCAUCGUGUCCGACCUUAGCCCCGGCGAUCUUUCAGCCGAUUCGUAUCGAGAGCACUACGGAAGUCGCAACGAGAUGUACUCGGUCCCGCAAGAAUAGGUAGCUCAGCCCUCCUCUGUUGGAACCCGUUGAUUCCCUGGAAGCUACUGGAACGAUCUCUGUCUGUUUGACAUGUUGACUGCCACACAUUAAUUAUGCGUGGGUGAUACAUUUGUAAGUUCUGGUUGAAUUGUCAAUAGUUUUGACCAACAAUUAUCGGGUCGUUUGAUGAGUCAUUUGAUAAUCUUUUGUAAUUCUAUGUUGCCUAAGACCCCUGGUAGUGUUAGAGGGUUACGCGAAAAGGGGAUCGAAUUAUUGAAAAUUUUUUAUACAGAUAUCUGUCGGACAGUCAACGCGUUAAUAAUGCCAUCAUCUGAGCAAGGUCCUCCUAUAUAAUUAUGUGACUUCGUUUACUGGAUUAUUGUUAUUGGCUCGAUUGUAUCCACGUUGAAUCCUUUGCGUCCCCUGCAAACAUGGAAGUUCCUAAGACAUUCACUUCGUUUCUAAUCCUGCCUGUGCAAUAUACCUCUGUGAUUCAUGUUGUUGCCAGGACUGGUAACCAUGAGAAAUUUGUACCACCAACAGAUAACGUGCAAAUUAAUAUCUGAGUAUCUUUAUAUAAUAUACGUGUAUAUAGAAGUGUCGUUAAUCAUUAGUUUUGGUAACAACAGAAAUCAUUAAGAGAUAUUGUGCAGCCUUGUAUCUCCUAUAAUCAGUAAGUUGUUUCUCUUCUUGUAAGUCUUUCAAAAUAGUUUUACAAUUCACCGCGUACACACCCCUCUCUACAGAGUCCUCGACGUGGAUGCAAUCAACGCGAACAAGUUCUCGGGUAUUUUUUACAUUCCAACUCUGCCUCGAUCCGAAUCGUCAUUUGAAAGAGCCACAGUUGCAUAUAGAUAAUAUACAUACUUGCAUAAAACGAAAGAGCAAGCGGUUUUACACGUAUGCAC